GGACAAAGGAAAUACUCUUGGAAGCACUACGAACCGUACUUUUUUAUUUUUAGAAACUUGUUUCUUUUACGUUCAUCAAAUUUAUUUUUUUGUUUUCUACACCGUUAACGUCGUUGAGAUUGAAAGAAAGGCCCUAGGAAACUGCUUCUAGCAGAAAAGCGCCAUUCAACUCAUGAUUGUAUGGCAAUAACUUGUUUAAUUACCUUGCGACUGUUGCUGGUUGUAUUCUUUUGAUUAUUCAUCCAGACCUUGCGGAGCUAAUUGCUUCUCAUUUUCGUCUGCGUUCUGUUUCAAAUGGACCCAUUUUCCAGUCAAGGUCCUCCAAAAAGUUAUUGUUCCUUUGGGAACGUUUUUCAACGGCUUUCCAUGGCCCACUCUACAAAACCAACCAUCCGAAAGGCGUUUGUCCUACCUCAUUCAUCUGAAGCUAUUGAUUUCUGGAAUUAUCGUGAUAUUAUAGCUGGCGAUGAAGCUGAGCAAGAACGACAAGAACGAGCCAACCGUAUCGCUAUGACAAGAAUUGCAGCAAGCAAAAGCUCUGCACCAGAGUAUCACCAAGCUAUUCUCCGAAAUCUUACCAGCCACGUACAAAAACUAGAUCAAUUGUCAGAAUGGUAAGCCUCAUUCACUGUUCCACCGUCCGUUCGUCCAACUCGAAAAAAAGAUUGACAAACUAACGGAAAUUAUCAUGUCACUUUUUGUUUUGCAUUAGCAGCAUUAGACUAGUCUCGAAGAAAAAGAAAAGUUAUCAAUUCUCAUCCAUGUUUUGGUUAUUCAAAGGCGUUAGGCUUAUACAUAUCUAUGCUUGUAUGGAGUUUGUACA